CCAUACAGACAGACCAUGUAUAGCUUAUCGUGUUGGUUUCUUGUUGCUCUCCUAUUUUCUGUCCAGUGUAUACAAAGACAAAUUCUAUAUUCAAGAUUGGACACACAAGUGACCAAUUCACCCGCAGCAGUGCUUUUGGGGGACGUGGAUAGUGUUGUUCAUUGUGCAGGACUUUGUUUUGGAGACGACAACUGCGCUGAAUUUCUUUACAACCAGACAGAUAAACAGUGCAUUGGACUUCACUGUUUAAAAAAGGGAAGCUACUCGUAUCAGUACGUCGUAUCAGCAUCUGACCAAAAGCUUUAUUUUGGAAAAGAGAUCAAUUGGGUAGAAUAUUCUGGUCACUAUUACUUUUAUGGGGAACAAAACGUCACAUGGACAGACGCUAAGCUGGAGUGCCAGAAAAUAUGUGCUUAUUUGGUGGAGAUUGAAACUAUAGAGGAAUCUGAUUGGCUAGCGGCUACAUUUCUCAUGAAAGACAGUUGUUCUACUUUCACUCAAAAACACUGUACAGCUUGGACCGGUGGGAAUGACAUUGACACCGAAGGUCUAUUUGUAUGGGACCGAUCAAACACGACCUUUGGCUUCACCAACUGGACUCCAAAUAACCCCAGCCCUGUGGGUUCCUCUGAUGCUGUGACCCGUGACUGUGUCGACUUAUUUCGGAAUGGGAAAUGGAAUGACAGACAAUGUUCGCAUUUGAACCCAUUCAUUUGUGAAAAAACAUCGUAACAACACUGUUACAUUCUGUGCUUUGAUUUAUUC